UGACGUCACUUUUAGUGAGAGGCAGUUGUUCCGCACUGCUUCGGCGAAUGGUUGCCCUUAAGGAUGCGUAACGAUUGAAACGUAAAGCCCCGAAGCAACGUAUCCCGGAAUUGAAAUGGAUCGGGAAUUUGAAGAUAUGGAUUCUGCUGGACGGUGGCAGAAUCUGUAUAUGGAAAUUCGAAAUCAGUCCUAUGACUCCUCAUAUAAAGUUGCGAAAUAUCCAGAGAAUCGAAAUCGAAACAGAUACAGAGAUGUGAGUCCAUUUGAUCACAGUCGUGUUAAACUGCAAAAUACGGAAAAUGAUUACAUCAAUGCAAGUUUGGUCUUGGUGGAAGAAGCUCAGAGAAGCUAUAUUUUAACUCAGGGUCCCCUCCGAAACACUUGCGGUCACUUCUGGUUGAUGAUUUGGGAACAGAAGAGUAGAGCUGUCAUCAUGCUGAACAGAGUAAUAGAAAAGGGAUCUGAAAAAUGUGCACAAUACUGGCCAACAAAAGAUGACCAGGAAAUGUAUUUCAGUGAUACUGGAUUUCAUCUGAAGCUGAUAUCGGAGGACGUUAAAUCUUACUUUACUGUUCGAGAGCUACAACUGGAAGAUAUAAAAACAGGGGAAACUAGAGAGGUUUACCAUUUUCAUUAUACUACGUGGCCUGACUUUGGAGUCCCGGAAUCUCCAGCAUCAUUCCUUAAUUUUCUCUUUAAAGUAAGAGAGUCGGGGUCCCUUAACUCUGAGCAUGGGCCUGCUGUUGUUCACUGUAGCGCAGGAAUUGGACGUUCAGGAACAUUUUCAUUGGUUGAUACUUGUCUUCUUUUGAUGGAUAAAAGAAAAGAUCCAUCAUCAGUGGAUAUUAAAAAAAUAUUGCUUGAUAUGAGGAAAUACAGGAUGGGUCUCAUUCAGACACCUGACCAGCUUCGAUUCUCAUAUUUGGCUGUUAUUGAAGGUGCAAAAUACAUAAUGGGAGAUUCCUCGGUACAGGAACGAUGGAAGGAGCUUUCUAAUGAAGACCAAAAACCAUCUUCUCCAACUCAGAACAUUAAACAUUGUACAGAAAACUGCAAUGGGGCCAGAAUUUCUCCCCUGAUAAAAGAAGAGCACGCAAUUGAAACAAAAAUUCCAGAGGUAGCUGUUAAACAGGAAUGUACUGAUGGGAAUACAGCAAGCAGCAUCCGCAAGCGAAAAAGAGAAGAUAGGAUAGCAGGAACGGCACAGAAGGUGCAAGAAAUGAAACAGAAGUUAAGCAAAGCAGAGAUUAAAAGAAAAAGGCUGAGAAAAACUGACACCUAAAACUCCACAGACGCGAUGAGUUUGGGCAUCUCUGAUCUACUCAAGUGAUGCAAGAUCUACAGGGACGCAGUGAGGUCAUCAGCUGAAAUGACAAGCCUCACAUCUUAACUGUUUACAACGUAAACUUCUACAUUCUUUGGAUGAAGAAAUGUUAACACCAGCAUGCAACUUCUACUAAUUUAGUAGAUUUUUGUGUAUUGUCACAUGGCUUUUUUUUAAUGCUUGUUCUCACUGUGCAAAAUUAUAAGAAAUGACAAUAUACACAAAUGUUGAUUUAAGUACUGUCCAUUUGUAGCUUGUAUUUUUAUACCUUUUGGUCUCAUAAAAUACCUUCUAUUUUUGAAUAGUUGCCUCAAGUAUUUCACUGUGCUACGUAUAAUAUAAAUGUGUAAAAUGUGAGUGGGGAAACAAGAAAUUAUUCAGAAAAUGUGAUGGGUGAUAUCCUUUAUUACGAAGCUGAUAUUUAGCGAAUUAAAGAGGAGUGCCGUAAAUGUGUAGUAUUGUAUUCUGAACCGUUAGACUUGUAAGCACAAACUCAAGUAUUGAGAUUUUUACAAAGGACCUUGCAAGAAAAGACUUGUGUGUGGCAGAGAAGUUCUCGUUUUCCUGUUCAACUGAAGUAGUUCUGUCAUACAGGCCUUCACGGUUCACUGAAACAAAAAGCUUGCAGUAAAGCCAAGUAGCAUCAGUAGAGUGGAAAUGUUUAAAGUAAAGAAACGUUGACAGUUCAUGCUGACACUUUAAAAGAGAAGGUUGAAGCACAAAAUUAAUUUGUUGUAAAUUUAAAGCUGUUAAACUUUUGUAAGAUUUAAUUUAUAUUUUCCAGUUUCAUGUUCAGUCCGCUUGUAUGAUUUAUCCAUUUUGAUUUGCAGUCCCCACAGUGUUCUGACGCCAGGCCUGCGACGCCCACGGGACUUCCAGUGUUGUAAAGAGUCACGUUAAGGGGAUACGGAGAAACGAUCCUCCAGUCUUAAUAGUUUGAGAUUCAAGAAAGGGAAACCUUUGGUAAUAGAAACUUUUUUUUUUUUU